GAACAUACACACAAACAGACAGACGCGGCGGGGAUUUUGUUUUAUGAGGUAUAUUGAUUAUACAGGCAACAAUAGAAUGCGAUUCUGGACAAAUAGAAAGAAAAGCGAAUGAAUAUACAAGAUUUCUCAAUAUUACUUGCAUCGGAGUUUUAGCAAUCAUUGGCUGUCAAUCUUUCAAGCAGUAUCUAAACGCACGCUCUUAGUGUCUCUGUCAUACAAUACGUCAAAAGCAGCUGUUUUCAGCUUUCGUAACAAUCGUAAUAUUAAUCUCUAUUUUGCAAAUUAAUAAUGGUUUUAGCUCAAAACCUUAUUCAUCGUAUACUACAGAAGGUUUAUAAUAAAACAAGUAUUUCAAGUUAUUAAUCUCUAAGAAAAAAUGUCAUUGAACAUAGUUAAACAAUUACUUAAGAAGAAACUAGUAGCCUUGCAAGUUUUGCGGAUAUUUAAACAAAAACCAGACGCUUCUGAAGUUCUUACCGCGUAUUUGAUGCAGUGUAAUGAACCCCCUUGGACCUCUUACUUUGUAAAGUACAGUAGUGUAAAAGAUGACCAGUUUGGCAUGUCCAACUUCAACUGGAAAGUGGGUGAGUCCAACUACCAGAUACUGCGGACCGGCUGCUACCCAUACAUCAAGUACCACUGCUCCCGGCGCCAUGUGGAGGACCUCAGUGCUUCCGAUAAGUUUAUGAGAAUUAUCAAAGUUGCCAAUUUUGGCAUCCCAUGCCUCCUGUACGGGCUGGCAGCGACACAGCUCAUCCGCCACACUGAAAUAGUCCAUACAUCGAAGGGCCCCGUUACCAUAUACUUCCUGCUGCCAGAACACAAAGGCUCCUUUCACUAACAAGUAAUGAAUACUACAUAUUAUUGUAGAUUAAUUUAUUGUUGAUCAGUAAAAAUAUACGUAAGUUACACAUUGAA